AUGGCAGCAAGACAAGCCAUACAAGUUGGUACAAAAAAUGUGAGACCGGUGCUUUCCCUUAAUGCUGGAGAAGCUAGAGCACGAGUACUAAAUCUUUAUAAAGCGUGGUACCGUCAAAUUCCUUACUUAGUGAAAGAUUUUGACAUACCAAAAUCUGAAGAACAAUGUCGAGCUAGACUCAAAGAAAUGUUUUUAAAUAACAAACAUGUUACUGAUAUCCGGGUUAUUGAUAUACUAGUCAUUAAGGGUCAAAUGGAACUUAAAGAAGCAGUAAACUUGUGGAAACAAAAAGGACAUAUUAUGGCAUACUUCAAACCAACCGAAGAACCAAAACCAAAAGAUUUCCUAUCAAAGUUUUUCUCUAGCAAUGAAUAA